ACUGCACAAAUGUAGUUUUAGCGUGUUUAGUAGCUUCGUAGCGUGUGCACCAUGCCAGGGAAAGUGAAGGUGAAGGUGCUUGCGGGCAGAAAUCUGCCCGUAAUGGACCGUAGCAGCGAUACGACGGAUGCAUUCGUGGAAAUUAAGCUCGGAAACGUGACGUACAAAACAGAUGUAUGUAGGAAAACGUUAAACCCGCACUGGAACUCGGAAUGGUACACGUUUGAGGUGGAAGAUGCAGAGCUGCAGGAUGAACCACUACAGAUCCGGCUGAUGGAUUACGAUACCUAUACGGCAAACGAUGCAAUCGGCAAGGUGUACAUUAAUCUCAGUCCAUUGCUGCACUCCACGAGCAAAUCGAGAACAGGCAAAGGCUCAAUCAUGUCCGGUUGGUUACCGGUGUACGACACAAUCCAUGGUGUGCGCGGUGAAAUCCACAUAAUUGUAAAGGUGGAUCUGUUCACCGAUUUUAACAAGUUUCGACAAAGUUCUUGUGGCGUAUUGUUCUUCCAUUCUUCCAAUAUACCGUAUGGCUACAGCAUUGCUAUGUACCACGGAUUCGUAGAGGAGCUAGUUGUAAAUGAUGAUCCCGAGUAUCAAUGGAUUGAUAAAAUUCGUACCCCACGUGCAUCGAACGAGGCGCGACAGCUAGCAUUUAUGAAAUUAUCGGCACAAGUUCAACGAAAAAUUGGAAUAAAAGCAAUCGAAAUGGGCGCCAACGCUGUGAUAGGUUACAUGCAGUGUUACGAUCUGGAGGGCGACGUCGGUGUAGUGGCACGUGGCAUUGGCACAGCCGUUUCGUUGACAAAAAUUAACGAAUCCUUUUCACAGCACAUUGGCGAAGAGAUUCUGGUGGAAGAACAUAAACUAUCAGGAAGCUCAGAUUUUGGCGAUGCUCCACGAAGAGCAAUAGGGAUCAGCGUGGAACCAAACAAUCACGCAUCCGGCAACAGUCCAACGAAGCUGGGCACACCGAUCGUUAAUUCUUUGCUAACGAAAGAUUCCGCCUGCGUGCCAAUAUGUAGACGAUCGUCAGAUUCAGAUCUAAGUAUCACCCCGAAAGGAAGUUCGUGUCCACUUGAUAAGAGCAUCGGCAUCGUACGAAACUAUGGAGCAAACAAUGGCAAUACCAAGUCAAUCAUGAUAAUGAACUAUGACAUGCUGGAAAUGUUAGAAUAUCCUUUCUUCACCAUGACUAAAUAUCCUGCCGGAAUUAUACGAUACAUAGGCGCUACAGUGACUGCACGAUCGGUAAAGCUAUUGGAGCGUGUACCGAACCCUAACGAGCCCGAAACCCGUGACAGUUGGUGGAAUGAGCUUCGGACAGAAGUUCGAUCGCAUGCUCGCUCGUUAGGAUGUAAUGUUAUUCUCGGUUACGUAGAGCAAACCACAAUAGACGAUGACAUAUGCGUACUUUCGGCCACUGGUACGGCGGCAGUCAUAAAUCUACAGUUUGGCACCGAUAUGUGGAUGGCCGAUGCAUCACUGAACGCUUCAGGGGAUGGUGGAGCAGAAAGCAGUGGCAAGGAACACAUGACCUCCUCCCUGGACAGGCAAGACUUUGAUCGGGAAUGUAGUGGAUCGAGAGAGCAGACACCCAACACGGUAGAAGCGGAAGUCAUUUAUGAUGGAGCAAGUGGGAUGAGCAGCAAAUGUACAAUUUGCCAUGUGCCGUACUCACUUGGAUCGGUGAAUUUUCGCAUAAAUGCGGUAAAAUGUUCCAUGUGCAAAAAUGGCAUUGUUCCGGAUGUACUUAUUACUACCAUCGAAAUCCCCGAAGGCGUGCCAGUGUCUGGUCGUGGAAGUCUCAUACAAGCUCACACCUGCCGCUUAAAACGGGACCUGAAAAGUGAAGCGAAUGGAAAGGAAAUAUCGGACGCACUGCCGUUCCUAGAGUACGAACUGCACAAGUUGCUCGUAAACAAGCUAAAAAUCAAGGGAAUGAACGCAAUCUUUGGCCUACGGUCAAACAUUACAAUCGGUGAAAAGACAAUAGCGUUGAUAGCGACUGGUACAGCCGUUUAUCUAACCGCGCUGCCGAAACCGUUGCUUCCACAAAUUGUUGACAGUAGUACGUUUCCCGAUGAGCGCAAAAUUCAGGAACUGCAAAAGAUGGUCCAAAGCAUCGUGGAACAAAACAUUCAUGCGUACCAGUUGCAGUGCGUGUACGAUUCCGAGACCGAGCAGCAACAGUCGAGUGCAGGCACUGGGUCUGGUGCAAGGGAGGAGCGGGACGGCGGAGGAAAGGAGCUGGAUUUGGUGUGCAUGCAGAAGUCGGCCUGUGUGCUCGAGCUGGACGAUAUUUUCGAUUUAGAUUUGCUCACUUUUGAGAAGGAGCCAGAGAUUGCACCAGAUGGUUUCUACGUAGUCAACUUACAAACGAUGCCCGGCAUUUCCACGGACGUUCUAGACAACGUGCGACAGUUUCAGAUGUUUACACAAGUUUGGCGUGCCAAGCUGCCGUACAAUUUGCAACACACGACCCGAAAUCUCAACAAGCGCUUCCAGGGUUUGCUGAAGCUCAUCUACUACAAGCUCCGCUCGAUGCGACCGUGCGUGUUGUGCGAUCUACGCUACAAGCUUGAUUUUCCCGAACCGGAUGAAAUACAAAUCGUCGUGUCGGGGAUGACGCUAGCGCUCGGGGACGGCACGAGCCGGUUGAAGCGCAAAUGCAGCACACAAAAUCAUCAAACACCGGGACCAUCACCGUCAGUGCAUGGUAGUGCGGCCAGGGAGAAUUCCGUACCGGCUAGGAGUAGCAAUGAUGAUGAUAUGAUGUUUUCUUUGGAUGAAGAUUCGAUGGAUACAUCGGGGCCACCUUCGUCAGCACCGGUAGUAACUACGCCGGUACCUUCAAUUGUAAAAAGUUUCAAAACUCGGGGCACAAAAUCGAUGAGCUCUUCGUAUCACAGCAAAAUUAAUCGAUCGGCAAAAAUGAUUCCAUUAAAGGAUGGCUACGGUGUAGACAUAACAACGCUUAGCUACAUUCCCGGUGGCAAGAUCGAAAAGUAUCUCGGGAAUCUAAACUUUUUCUUCAUCCGAGAGUGUACCUCGAUCCGUGAGACGGGCGGCAUCUGUGGCUUUGUGCACAGCUUCAUCUCGGAGGUGCUAUCCAUUGUCCGAGCUCACGUAACAUCCCUCGGUGGGAAUGCAAUGAUUGCGUUUUAUCUCAACGAUCUAACGCUGUUGGAUAAUGUACACAAGAAUCAGGGCCAAUGUCUCAUCAGCGUUGGUGGCGAUGUGGUUUUUGUAUCGUUCCACAAGGACGAUAAAUGAUCGUUUGAUUAAACAGGAGACAAAAACAA